AUGGUGGCGCAGUGCGAUCAGAUGUUCGGUCAGUACUCAGUCAAACUGCGGCGGUCGCGGGUGUCGCCGGCGGCGCUGCUGCUCGCGCGGCCCGUGUCCGGGCUGGUGGAGCCCGCGCGGAGCCCUGACGAACCCCCACUGGACGUGGCGCAGGAUAAGGCGUACUGGGGCAGUACCGCGGCCAUGACCACAACGAGUGGGUCCGGUAGCGGGCCGGGGGGAGGCGAGAAGCGAGGCGGGGCGAUGAGUGGGUUUGGUAGCGGCCGGGAGGAGGCGAGACGGGGCGAUGUCACCCCGCACGCGCCGCCACAGAGGAGGCUUAUCAAAGUCGACUUCGACAACCUAGAGGACGAUGAAGACGAGGAAGACACAGAGACCUGCGCCAGUCCAGAAGUGUGCGCGCCGCAACCGUUCCCCAGGCACACGGCACCUCAACAGGCACCUAAACCUUGGAAGCGGACGGAAGAGACACCCCCCCGCGCGCCUCCCCGCACGCGAAUAUCGCACGACGAGUACCAUCAGUUCUGCGACGAAGCCCUAGAAUCGUACGACUUGGCAACGCAAUGUCCGUCUCGACGCGCCUCCAUGCGUCGCCAUACCGUGGCACACGCGCAUCCCGUGUGCCCACCGAUAGAUGGCGCUCACUCCUUGCCACACUCAAGGCCCGGAUCCCGAGCGUCAUGCGCCGGCGCAGCCUCGCUAGCGAGCAGCGACGACGCGCAGCUCGGGGAGCUGUCAUGGUCACGCUCCUCGCUACAGGACGAGCUCAUCAAGUCGGUUAGUGGCAGCCCCAAAAUACCGCACAAACAGUGGCAAGACGCCAUAAUGUCCGACGACCGACUGUCCCUAACUCUUGAAGAAAUCGUGCACAUCAGAUCAGUUCUGACGAAGGCGGAGCUUGAAGUGCUGCCUGUCGAAGGCAGAGUUAAAGAGGACGUGGAGAAGAGAAGGGUUUGUUUCUUAUGUUUGAAAACAAGAUUCGGCAUUUUCGGCCCGUGGGGCCAGAAGUGCAAGCUAUGCAAGAAGACUGUUUGUCAGAAAUGUUGUUCGAAGAUGCGUAUACCAACGGAGCACUUCGCGCACGUGCCAGUGGUACUGCUGAGUCCAUCGCUUCUGCCAUCACCCGAGGACGAGCCCUCCUUCCCGAGGAGUCUUAUGAGCCGGCUGGUGCCGGAACACUCGAGUUCGGAGCAGAACAGCGUAGGCAGCGCGCCCAACAGCCCCGCAGCGCUGCGCCGCGCGGCCCCCGUGCACUCCGCGCCCGGCUCGCGCGGCGCCAGCGCCAUGGGCUUCGCGGAGCUGUCCGUGCCGCCCGCCAUGAGCCGCAGCGUGGAGGGCCCUGAGAGCAUGCCCGUCACGCUGCCGGUGCAGACUCCUGAGCGAAGGGCCCGCUACAGCCGCAGCACAACCAACGCGACGGCGGCGGAGCGGCUGCGCGGCGUGCAGAUGGCGGUGUGCCACGACUGCAAGGCGAUGGUGCUGCAGAUCAUCAAGUCUUCACGCGCCUCGCGAUCGGCUUCACGCGACCGCGCGCUGAGACACCUCACGCUCGACCUAGCACCGGUGUAUACUGCUGACUGCUAGUGCACGGCGGCCGCUUGUCCGAUUGAGUUCAGAGGGUGAUCGCUGAUAAAACUUCAUACGCGUUUAAUCGAUUGAUCUGCCUGGGUAAUAUAGUCCCGAGAGGCUCAAUAUUUGGCCCGCUUGAUGGACUUGUUUGCAUACCUAAGGCUUCUUUUGAAACAAUAGCGCAGUUUCAGUCUAAAAAGUCUGCAAAUUCUGCGUUUCGUUACUUUUAAGCAGAAUCUCUUCAACCUUGAUUUCAAACGGACAAGCGCUCACUUCGCUAAUCGAGUGUACAUUUCUGAAUAUUUAAACUGCUAUAAAUUAAAUGUAGAUUCUGGGUAACUCAAACUAUUACGCUUUCCUUGAAAAAGAAAUUAUUCAAUAACCUUAAUGACCUUUUUUGCUAGACAUUCUUCAUUUUCCUUUGAAAACAUGACAUUUAACGCUUUAAAAUCCAAAUCCUUUGACAUUAACCCCAGAUUUCAACCCGGACAAUAAACAGUGGAAAAAGAUCUGAUUUUGAAAUUGGUUCUUAUAGUAGAAUUAGGUAUAGAUAAUACCGAACCCCGGUUUUGCCAACUUGACAAUAUUUAUCUGAAACUGACACUAUUCUGGCGUACAUUUAUGCUUUGGCAUGACAAUACAAAAACAUACGGCUAAAUGUCAGUGUCAUAAUACCAAUUGUCAUUGUCAUAUAACAAUUGUCAUUGUCAAGUUGGUGAAACAGAGGGAAGAUAAAAAGGAGCUUCCGAGGUUGUGUGGAUCUAACAUUUGUUUUAACUAGACAAUGACUUUUGACAAUACUCUAUGACCUUUUGACAGAUACCUAAUAAUUUUAUUUGUCGCACAAAUUCAUUUUCCCAUUUUUAAUCGAAUUAAAUAUUUAUUACAGAGACAUUCUCGCCCAGAUGUAUUUAAUGAUAUAAUUAUAAAUGUAAUGAUAUAUUCCAAAACUAAAUCAUAUUUUGUCACGUAUUGUAAUAGAAAAUAUAAAUAUUUAUAUUCAUAUUUUUUCCAAAUAGAAUGUUUGAUGUUUCAAAAUGUCUAUAUAAAUGAUUGUAAAUCAAAGUAAUCUGUGUUCAGAAAUAAUGAUGUGCUAUGAUUGUUAUUGUAUGAAGAAAUUUAUCGUGUACAUAGAUGUAUUAAUAUUGGUAAUUCUGUCGAUUGGAUACCAUACCCGCACCGAGCAUGACUAAGAUGUGAUAUGUAGAAUGCUCCUCCUGAUAUUUGGCCAGGAGAGUCAGGUCAGUCAGUCAGAUUAGAUGACCUAAGUCAGGCGUCUGAUUAUUAUAUUUUCGCCAAUUUUUGACAUUAUUAAGCGUCUGCAUAUCGCAUCUAUUAUAAUAUUGGAAUCACUGGCAGUUAGCUAUUGCAAUAAAGCUUCUAGAUAGGCGUACGCCCCAGUCUGAGAAGCAGUUUUCUGUGCCAUAAAAUCGAUUAAUCAAUUCAGACAUUAUUAUGGGCGAUUGUAAUCGUGCUUACCUCCACGUCCCCUCAGUACUAGUGUUAAGAUCGCACCAAUGAAGAACAAAUCUACGUGUCGUUGUAAACAAUUCUAUUUACUUAUGUAUUUCCUCGCUUUGCCAUCUUAUUUAUUUACUAUGAAAUGCCGGUCAGACCGCCCAGAUUUGACUACGUUGAAUAAAAUCAACAAAAAUUGAAUUUUAGGUAUUUUUUUCGAAAAUCCCAGUGAAAUUUAAAAUUGCGGGGCCGGCAUAAUCAAGUCUGAUUGUGUAAAAAGUUAAUUGUAAGCUUAGUUUCCUCAUUCCACUAUCAUGUCUUAGUUUUAUUUAGAUAUAUAUUAAAUUAUUUUGCCAAAUAUGUAACCACUUUCGAUAUUUUCUUGUAAAUAUAGCUUCUUUAAGUGUUCUCUAAUCGGUUACUUUAUCCUAUAUAGAAAUAAGUUUGUGUAAGAUCGUCAGCCAUGUUAUGGUGGUAUCGUUAUGUCCGUAGUCGAAAAAAUAUUCGACGACGAACACAGCGUUGCAUAAUAAUAAUCAUGUUUAGCUACGGCACUCGACGUUUGCUGUAUUUAUUUUGAAGUUUUACAUUCCCUCCGUUAUGUUAUAGUUCACUUUAGUUUUGUACAUCUUAUCUAGUGUUUUGUUUAUGUAACAGGCGCCUGUUUCACCAUUCUGACAAUUGACCAUUUUCUGUACAGUCUAUUGACCCCUCGACGACGGACGUAAUCUACUGUCAACUAUACCAGCGUAUGGCGAAUUGUCAUUGUCAAUUGUGCAAAUUGCCGGUGGUGAAGCAAGGGUCAGGUCUUUGCAUGGUCGAUCGAAAAUGAGGCCUAAUUCUUAUAAUAUAAAGUCGCAUUUAUACUUACGCGUGGCUAUACUCAGGUAGAAAAUAUAGAUAUAUUUCUAUUUCUGACAAUCAUUACUUUAUGGCUACACUUAUGAAGUAUAAAUGCGGCUUAUUUUGCUAUAUCAAUGUUACAUUACUGCUCAGAGAUCAAAAGUCGAAUUACCAGUUACAGAUUAUUGUAAAUGUGUGUAAAUUGUAGUAGUCUAUAUUAGAUGUUACGUAGAUUGUAACUAUUAAAAACAUACCUAAAUUAAAAAGAGGAAAUAGAAACGAUACCUAAUAAAAUAACUACAAAUCGUA